AUGGCACAGAACGCCCAGCACACCUCUGCGGGGAUGGUGCAGACAGACGCCUCCCUCUGCAGCACGAAACACCGAGCCUCUGCACCCCGGGCUGCCCUGGUCCUCAGCCUGAUCUUUGCCUCCUUCCGCUUGGCUUGCUUGGCAGAAGCAAACAGCAGCGAAAGCUCAUCCUUGGCCGCCCACCACCAAGACCAUGGGACCCUGGAGCAGUGCCCCAAUGUUGACUUCUGCCCGCAAGCAGCCCGAUGUUGCCACGCGGGAGUGGAUGAAUACGGCUGGAUCGCGGCCGCCGUUGGCUGGAGUCUGUGGUUUCUCACCCUCAUCCUGCUCUGCGUGGAUAAACUGAUGAAGCUCUCUCCAGAUGAGCCCAAGGAUUUAGCAGCAUGAGACUUCGAACUGUGGCCCCAGGCAUGUCGUUGCCACCAAACUGUGGCUAAUAGCUGGAAAAGAGUAUUGCUAAUGUGGCUGCUGGCAUUUCAAAGUCAUUUUCACCUUUAAGCUUUAGUUACUUUUAAAAAGGAAGGAGGAAGGAAAGGGGGAUCCAAAUAAGACAGGGUGGGUGCUGCCUUGGGCCGUCUGAGCCCCAAUAAUCUCCUUUCUCAAGGGAGCCACUACGGGAAGUUCUUCUGGGCCCCAAGGGAGGGGCACAGGAAACAUGAGACUUAGUCUUUUCACCAACACACUCAAAACUAAACUCAUAAUCUUCUCACCAAAAACAGGUCAUUGUCUUCUGCCCCUCACUCCAGUCAGGGGCAUCACCAGCACUUCAAAACGUAAGACUCGCCUCUGAGGCUCACCCUGUCCUCACCGCCAUGCCCACUGCUUUGCCAUUUUCAUUCUUCAAUGUAUCUUCCAGGACUACCCUGUCCCGUUCUCCCCGCCCACACUCAGGUUCUGGCCUUCCCUGCAUCAUCCUUGCAUUACUUCAGGAAUAUUCCAUUCCGUUCUCACUGCCUUCAGGGUCUUCCUUCCGAGCUCACCAGUCCUCCGGGCAGCAGCCAGAGCAGUGGUCGCUCCCCAGCUGACAGCCUUCAGUUGACACCUAAUGAUAGAAACAUGCCAGCCUGGCUUCAGGUUCUUUGACCGAGUCCCAUAGGCCUCCCGGGUCUGUCUCCUGGCACACCCAGAGUAAGGGCUCUGAGUGGACCCUCCUCAUCCCGAUGGCUUCCACUUCUCUGCUGCCAUUCCCUCUGCUGGGGUGGCUGCCUUCCAACUCCGUCUCCAGAAUGAAGGCCAUUCCUCAAAGUCCAGCUCAAGUGCAUGCUCUGCCUGCAGCCUGCCUGAUGGUCCUGGGUGGACCUGGUGCUCUUAGGGCACUCUGCUCUGCCCCGAGGUGCAGCCAGCAUGAAUGGACCUCCAUGAUCACUUCAUACUUCCUCACACUCCUGGCCAUAGAAAGCUCCUCAUAAGUUUGUCCAUGCAUGGGUGAACAAAUGAGUCCCUGCCCUAGAUAAACUUAACGGGCACCACUCAGCAUUCAGAUCAUCCAUUCUUCUACAAAUGGUUGAAAUAAUAGGCCUCCAAAGAAGCCAGUGGGUUGGGCUCCUGCUCUAUCGGUGAGUCACACCAUGUGAAGAUGUGCACGUCACUGUGGGGUCAGAGAGGAGGGUGAGUCCAUCAGAAGGAAGAAAGGACAAAAUAACUCUUUAUGAGACAAUUUCUGCCCUUUCUGGGGAAAUGUGUAUUAGGUUGGAUAAACUCUAAGCAAUCAUAAUACAGAAAAGAAAAGUAAGAAGCCUCUGAAAUAAGAAGAAACAUUUUCUAGAAGUGGCAAAUGACUCAGAGCUGCCCAACUGUUUUGCCCAGAAGUCUAAGCAAAUUUCCCUGAUGAUGGGAACUGAAGGAUGGCCUGCUCGUUCUGCUAGUUCCUAAGAGCCAGAUAGCUUCAGGAUCUCAGGCGCUCAGCCAGUAAAACAGGAUGGAUAUAUUCCUGAGUGUUACCGACCAAGGGGACAAAGGGUCUGUCUGCACAGUGCCCCACGAUGCUGGCGAUGUGGACGUGAGCACGUGUCCCAACUCUUCAGAAAUUCAAGGAGAGUUUCCAUGAUAUGCGAUGGCUUAAUUCCUUACAGAUAAAAAUAUUUGGUAAGGAGCACACUUUGAUUUAACAGCUGCAAACAUUUUUGAAAUAAAACUGUGAUAAAAUGUAAUUGUAAAAGUGGUAGCUUAAAAAAGAAAAAGAAGGAAGGGAAAUUAAGAUUGUUCUGGCCAACAUGAACAGAGACAAGCCAGCUUACUUUGCUGAGCAUCUACUUUCUAAGUGGAGAAGUUAGCCAGGCCAAAUCAGCGGUGCCACCUCAGCUGAGAAGCUCCAAGGGCUACCUGAGGUACUGCCUGGAAGGGGAUGGAUAUGAGGCCCAUCCCUCCUUGUAAGCAAAGUAGCCUGGCUCUUAUCUCUUUCAUUUAUCAGACCUCAGGGUAAGUUUUCAUUUGCUGCUUUAAAAAGCAGAAAGUCAGAGCACCAGUUGGCGUCUGAGAUCCUCCCCAGUCUGGGGUGAUGUGUAGGUCCCUAAGGCCUUAGACUACACUGAAGCAAACUAUGUGUAGUCACUGCCACCAAUCAAAAUUCAGGCAUUUUGUGAAUUGCUUUAGUUUCAUCUGCACAAGAGGAAGGAUAGACCAAAUCCAAACAAUUGCUCUUUUCUUUGCAAAUGGAAAGAAUAGUUGCUGCUCAUGCUUCCCAGAUGCUGUAUCUCACAUCUAUUCUCAACCAGAACCUCUUUAUUCUAUCAAAGCAAAGAUUUGUCAAUAAAUUAAAAAGGGAAACCUGAAAGGGAAAACUGAGUAUCAACUUCAGGGUUUGAAGAGCUUCUGGGUAUAAAGCAGCAGGACCCACCUAACAGUAGAUGUACUUUUCAUUUUAAAAUUUUGCAUUUAGCAAUUGAUGCUGUCCUCCACACCAUUACACACUGUAUACACAGAGCCCAUACUGUUCAGGGCACGUUGCAUCAAAAUGUCCUAAGGAGAAAUAGAUUAUCAGGUGGGGGUACAAUUAUGUGGCUUUUAAAAUCAUCCUUUUUUCAUCUGUUCCUUUUAUAUGUAUGAUACCUAAGGACAAAUAAGCCAGAUAUAUGAUUUUCUAUUGAAAAUGAAAUGUUAUACUACGCAAGGUUAAUCAAAAAUAAGUUUAUUCUGGCUUGGGCCUCUUUUCCACAAAAAUACUGAGAACCAAGAGAAACUAAACCUUUAGGUCCCCUUAUCUGCAUAUAUUCUCCCACCCGUCCUCUACCUAAUUUAUAUUCCUAACCUUGUAUCAUUUGUUUUAAAGAGGGUCUUCUCAUUGUACACAUCUGAGGCCCCGUCGCCCUGGACCUGCCCUGCUCUGACUGGGUUCACUUGGUGCGCUGGGGUUGGCCCUCCAAGGCAAGCUGUCUCCUCUUCCCUGGGUGGGGACACACACCCCCUGCCUCAGCAGCCUGUGCUCACCUGCAGGGCAGCAAUGUGACAACACUCUCCUUGACCACACUCCAACCAGGCUCCUCUAAACUAGGUCCAAACUUGGCCUAUAAGAACCACAGACUCUCAACACAGAUCCUGUGUACUCACUCUCCCUACACCCCAUAGAUUUAAACAAACACUAGCACAACUUCUAGCAGCUCAAGGCCACACCCCUGGGAUGACCCUAACCCCCUAAAUUAUCUGCCUGAGAAAACCCAAGACUGCCAAAAGAAUUUACUAUUUGUUCUAAACACCACCUGACAAAAGGCCCCGACCAGCUUUUCUUAGAGCAUUUACUGAAAUGGGCUUACAACUGUGACUCCUGUCUCUAUCCCUUUGAUAUGUAUAUAUCUACGUCAUCCAUCCAUCCAUCCGUCUAUCUGCAAUUCAGGACCUUUAAAAUAUAAUCAUCAUUAAGGAGAGGGCCUCUGCCUCCCAAUCCAGGGAAAACAGACUCCUAACUUCGAUGACUGCAGCUAGCAGACACAGCUGGCCUGACCAGCAUUUAAGCUGACAAGCUCUUUGUAAUUUCUCACUUCCCUGACUCUGCGGAGCCCCUGCUUGCCCUGCCCCCAACUCCCACAUUUUCCCUGCAAACCACCCAGUUGCCUCUGUACAAAUCGAAGUUCAGUUCGCACUGGAAACUCUUCCCUAUUGCAAUACUAUAUUAUUACUGAUUAAAAUCUUUCCUUACCACA